GCAGAAUUGAAAGAAGAAAUUGAAUGUGGUUCCAUCGAUGUCAAAAAGUAUCUCUUACGCUGUGUAUCCUCUAUGCAAGAUACCUUUGGCGUUAAAGUUCAAGAUAAAGAGGACAGUCUAAAGUUUUGCAUAUCUGGCAGUGACCAAGGACUGAAGAAGGCGGUUGUUAACAUGUUUUCAGAAGGUAUAGAAAUAUUAACGCAUGUAGUUAAUCAGCCAGGGUUAAGAAAUUUUCUUAAAAGUGGCGAUUUGGAUGUACGCAUAAAGAAGAUUGAAGAUCAAGAAAACUGUUUUAUCCGAAUUGAGGAGAAUCCUGGGCCAAGGGCAACUACCUCCCAGUCCCAUGCUGUAGACAGUGCCACUUCUGGAUUUGUUACGUCAUCUGGAUCAAACACACUUGUUACAGCUCACGGACACCCGUCUUGGAAAUCUGGAGAUAUUAUGAAGGAGCAGGUAAGAUAAUGUAUUACGUAAUUGUUGCCUGGAGGGAUUAAAAAAUACUUGUGAUAUAUACACUAGGCCUCAACAUAAACAUGCCUUAAAAAUACCUCAGCUAUAAAGCAUUCAUUUAUCGCUUGUCUCACGAUUGCCACUUAGAUAUUGAUCGCACCCAAAAGGCUAUUCACAUAACACUUCACCCUAACAACAUCAACAGUGACAGUGGAGUUUGAGAUUCCUAAAGAGUGGAUGCCUACGAUCAGAAAACAUAGCCACCACAACGGACCGCGGAGAGAACAGUUUCCUCCUCUAAUAAUGUGCCAACAAUGCUUUGGAUCGAAACCCACCAGCGAGGUUCGGGAUACACCAGUCACUAACAAACAUGGUGGUACAAAGAGCUCAGUAAAUCGACGAUAAGAUGAUUUACCAACAGAACGGGAACGUCAGUUGACGGCGGCGCGGGCAAAACUAACAGCUGGCUUGACCAAUGGCACAACGACAAAUUAGGCACCGGCAGUAGCGUUUAGUCCUUUCAGCGCGUUUUCCCGUCGUCAACUGGCCGUUCUGUUGCCAAAUCAAUCUACUAUAAACCUGCAGUACGCGGAUGAAACGUUGCGAUCAAUUUGUAAGUAACAAUCGUGAGUCAAACGAUAAACGAAACCCAUCAUACCCAUUAUCCACGAUGAACAAUAUCUUUCAUUACAUAUCUCCAUGUUGUAUUUGCGUAAAUUUAAGAUUCGUAAUCAGGUGCACUGUUUCGUAGGAGGUCAUCUGUACAGAAAGCAAUGAUGAGUGAAAGUGAAGAAAUCAGCACUGUAGUAGGACCUCCAGUAUUAACAUUUACUGCGCGAAACGAGGGAUGAUUGUUAGUGACCAGAGGAGGCCGCAAUUCGAACCUCCUGGUUGCUAUUAUACACGCUUGACACAUAUGUAACCAGAAUUCUUUUGGACUUUUGCUAAAAAAAACUGCAUGUAGAAAGUGUAGUCUUAUUAUGCGCGUUUGUACCUUCUACCACCUCGUCAUCUGAUGACACUCGUUUUGACCUCCUAUUAUGUGAGGCUUACACAAACCAACGGUUUUAAAUUUCCAUAAAACCCUGAAACUCGUCCGCAUUCUCUAACUUUUGGUCAUUACAAGUAAUAGAAAUAUUGUUGCGGAACACAAGACAAAGUCCUGUCCAGUAAUAUCUAACGCAUGUCUUUUCGAUCUGCGGUUGCCUCCUCUUGAGGCCUCAAGAAUUAUGUUAGAUGAGACAGCAAAAACCUGUGAACAAAGUCCACAUACCACCUUAAAAGACAUUCGUUUUUUUAUUUAUUAGAUCCAUUUUGAAAUCACUGGUGAUCCUUGCCAUCUGAUUGGCUCUCAGCUGUGUGAUUUAUUCACGAUUCGCACUAUUUUUUGCUCGAAAUGACAUUUGUUCUAAAUCGCACCAUUUUUGCUCUAUAUUGCAUCAUUUCUGUUUUGAAUACAAAAUUGGAUGUAAAAGUCUUUUUGUUUCUUCUUUUACUAGAUCCAUAAAAUUUUGGUACUGACCGAAUUCGUAGAUUUCAAAAUGGCUCUAAUUAAGUGGUAACCGAAUCUCGUGUCGUGCAAUUUUGGUCUGAAAUCAUACUUGUGAUUUCAAAUCGAACUAGCGCUGCGCGCUGGUCCGAUUUUGAAAUCCCGCGUGUGAUUUCAAACCAAAUUGCACUCCACUCAGUUCAAUUACCAUUUUUUAUCAUAAGGAUCAAGCCCUUAUAGGUGCUUUUAAUCAGGAAGCAAUGAAAUUGCGGAAUCCGACUAGUACGGCUCGAAUCACAGACAGAACUGGUGGGAUGGAAGUUGAAGUCAUCCAAGGGGAUAUAACCCAAGAAACAACUGAGUCCAUUGUGAAUGUGAUCGGUUGUAACAUGGAUAUGUACAACUUUGGACAGCUUAGCAAAAUAAUUGCAGAAAAAAGUGGUCUCCAAGUACAACAGGAAUGCAGGCAGAUGGGAAGACAACGCCCGGGUUCAGCUGUAAUGACAAGCGGUGGGCGUUUAGCUGUGAAGCACAUCAUUCACAUUGUGACUGAAUCGUCAGAUAAGGCACAUCUUCAGAGAUGCCUAGAAGAAGGUCUUCGCCAGGCAGAUACAAAUGGCAUCAAAUCCAUUUCUGUCCCAGCCAUCGGAACAGGUGGCUAUGGUCUCCCUGCCGCAGAAUCGGCCCAGAUGAUUUUCCAGGCCUUGAAAAAUCUGGGUGGAAACUUCAGGAAUAUCUCGAAAGUGCACAUAGUUGUAUUCCAGGCUAAAAUGAUGAAAGCUUUUCAACAACAUCACAAGAAAUCAUUAUUGACUCCUUUAACAGCUGUAGCUGCCCCCUCCAUGUUUAGCAUCCCAGUCAAAGUUGAUGUGGUAACAGGUGAUUUGACUAAAGAGUCGAGUGAAGCCAUCGUGAAUGUCAUUGGUACAAAUCUGAACAUGAACAACUUUGGGCAACUUAGUAGAGUAAUAGCCCAAAGUUGCGGUCCACAAGUGCAGCAAGAAUUGAAUCGAAAGGGAACUCAAGCCCCAGGUUCAGCUGUAAUGACGAGUGGAGGAAGAUUGAAUGCAAAGCACAUUAUUCACAUAGUGGCCGCAACUGCAGAUAAAGAACACCUUCAGAAAUGUCUUGAAGAGGGUCUUCGCCUGGCAGAUGCAAAAGGCAUUAAAUCCAUUUCAUUUCCAGCGAUCGGAACGGGUGGCUUUGGUCUAUCUGCCUCAGAAUCAGCCCAGCUGAUCUUCCAGGCCUUGAACAUGGGUGAAAACUUCGAAAGUAUCUCUACAGUACGUAUCGUUGUGUUUCAGACCCAGCUGGUACAAGCGUUUCGAAGAGAAAGUCCAAUCAAAGUUGAUGUCGUAAACGGUAAUUUGACUCAAGAGAAUAGCGAUGCAAUCGUAAAUGUUGUCGGUACAGAUCUGAACAUGAAAAACUUUGGGCAACUAAGUAAUGCUAUAGCACAAACGUGUGGCCCACAAGUCCAACAAGAAUUGAAUCAAAAGGGAACCCAAGCCCCAGGUUCAGCUGUGAUGACAAGUGGAGGAACAUUGAUGGCAAAGCACAUUAUUCACAUAGUGGCCGCAACCGCAGAUGAACAACACCUUCAGACGUGUCUUGAAAAAGGUCUUCGCCUGGCAGAUGUAAAUGGCAUUAAAACCAUUUCAAUUCCAGCUUUCGGAGCACGUGGCUUUGGUCUUUCCGUCGCGGAAUCGGCCAAGUUGAUCUUCCAGGCCUUGAGGAACAUCGGUGGUCACUUCAAGAGUAUCUCUACGGUAAGCAUCGUUGUGUUUCGGAAGCAAAUGAUUCAAGCGUUUCUACAUGAGCAACAAAAAUAUCCAUUGCCUCCUAGGAUGACUGUUUCACAAGGUAGUUCAGGUAAUAUGAAAGCUGCGCACUCGUCAAGCAAACUAACUGUCAAGGUCUGGGUUACUGGUGGUAAACACGAUGUUCAAAAAGCUAUGGGUGAAUUAAACGCAUUGUUUUCCAGGGCGUGCAUCACCAAAAAGGUCGAUUUGGAAGGAAUUGGUUCUCUUUCGGAAACUCAGGUCAACCAACUUAAAUUAGAGGCGGACCAGUGCGAUAUGGAAAUCACUAUUGAUAAGACUCUCCAAAGCAUAAAGCUGCGUGGGUCUUCUGCAGACUUUCCUGACAUGGUUACAAAGAUAACGGACGAAAUAAACAAAGGGAUCAAAAAAGAAAAAAAGGAAAAAGAGGAUGACAACGCAAAUUUGGUUUCGAGCGUAGUUGAAUGGAGUUAUACUCUUAAUGACGGAAGAAAGCAAGUAUUUGACAAGACGACCAACGCCAACCUGGAGAUGGCGCGUAGUAAACAUGAAUCUACUAAAACAGUGCUUGUAAAUGGUAAGGAGUUCGUGAUCGAUCUGAAAAGUGAAACUGGUCGCUGGCGGGGAAAACGGAUGAAGAUAACUAGAACUGUAAAAGGAGGUAACUAUUGUUGAAAACGUUUUUAUUACAUGUUUUGUUUUCGACUAUCCCAUUGCCUCCAGUACCUUAUAGAUUUUUGUAAUGUAAUUCAGUUAUUUAUUCAUAUAUCAAAAUUUCUUCUCUUCUGGUCCUUGUCAAGGUGUUUCUACCCAUAUCUACCUAACUAAAAAUGUUUUGGACGUUUUUUACAUGUUAAAUGUGUAUCAAACUAACGUUUAUUUUAAUCAUAAUAGAAUUCGUAUGUGUAAUCCAAUGGUGACGAGUGAAAUUAGGGAAUAAUUUCACUUGCGUAUACGAGUAUACCAUUUGAUUACCUAUUAAUAUCAUGGGUGACGAAUUACAUUAGCAAUCUUGGAUUUUUGACAUGUUUAUCCUGGAUCGUAUCGAUCGAGAACUCCAGUCUCUAAAAUGUUUAGACCUUAAAAUUGGCUUAUCAAGUUCAGAAUUUUUCGGCAAAAUACCUGUUAGAAUCCUUCUUGAUGUUCUCUUGUGUGUUCAGGUUUUCUAAAGCGUCCUUUUGUGCCCUGACAUCUUCAUUCACGGCAUUUUAAAACUUCGUCGCCAUCUUGACAUUGAGACAUAGGGAAGGGUUGCCAUGGCAAUUUUGUAAAUUAAUUAAGGAGUAAUUCGUCACCUAUGAUAUUAAGAGAUUUAUCGUCAUUUUUCGUGAAUGAUUACAAAAAGCCCAAGAGCCAAUAAAAAUUGAGAUCGCUGGAAAAAAGAUGAUUUAUUACAAGAAGAAAAUGAGGAAUUCCAAAAAUUGUUUGUAUUGUCUUCAAUUGUGGCAGCAAAAGAAAAACAGUGAAAAACAGCUUUGAAGGAACAUCAAAAGUGUUAAUGACGUUAAGUGUUUUCUACAGAUGCGUCGACCUUGAAAGAUCUUUACUUUAUCUUCAAUCCCAGCAUUCCAUACAAGAGGGUGCGACUUAAUUAUUUGGGGCGUUUUGAAACAUCUUUGUAUUUCUUACUCCAAGCCUUUUUUCUGAAGGCCGCAGGGGACACCUGGGGUUCAUUCUUAUGCAUUUAUUUAAAGUGUAUGCACGACAUGCAAUGACUGACAUCGACAAGUUCACUAGAUAUUCAUGACUGGAUAAAAUAUGGAUAAUACACGAGUGCCAAGCAAGCUAUGUAAUGGUGGUUAGAGUAAUUAAAUAUAAUUCCACGCUUUCGUUCUGAAAUCAGAAAGAACGAUGUCCGUUUAUUACUUUUGAACACAGCUAAUACACCUUUUUACCUUGUAUGUUUUGUUUUCUCAAUUCAGACCACGCGAUGUUCUCCACGGAAUUUGCCUUUUGUUUUUCCAUUUAUUGUACAUACAUAUGCACGUGGAUGAACGUACACAAGACGAAAUUUGAAAAAAAAAACAGUUCUCUGGGGUACCAUCACGCGGUCUGAAAUUGGAAAACAAAACUUACAUGUACAAGCUAAAAACGUCUUUUUCGAGAAAGGUUGUCGAAAAAGUGCACUCGACAAUCCCGAAAGGCAUUGUGGGUGGUUUUGAAUUCACUGCUCUUCAAAGGAAUUUGAAAGAAUGGCACGAGAGGUCAUGGAAAUAUGUUUGCGAGUGCUAAAGAAAAGCAACAAAAGUAGGUUCAAAAGGUUGAGUUUGAUCGUCCGGGUGAACGUAGUCCUGAAUAGGACUGUUGUUGUUGACAGUGACUGACGUUUCGACAACCUGUGCGGUAGUCAUCUUCAGAGUCAAAGUGAGUUGUAUCACGUCAGUUGAUGGUAUUAUACUCUGGUUAUUGAUCUGAUUGGUCAAUUAUGUCGCGAUGUUAUUGGUCGUCUGUCAGUUAAGCCGUGAUGUUAUUGGCUAUGAAGACUCGUAAUCAGUGAUUGGUGCGUUUCGAUCCGUAGCUAAGAGGUUCGAUAGCUACAGUCGUCAUCAGGAACAGUGUAUUGAUCAUAUCCCAUAUUAGUACAUACUAAAACAGUGGAUAGUGUUUUUUUGCGCCCUCUGAUUGGCUACUCAAAGUCGGAUAUCCAGUGCUAUUCACUGACUGACCUCCAGCUCCUCCGAGCGAGCAACGCCAAACUCGCGUAGGUUACGAGCAAAAUGGUUUCCCGCUUUGCUGCCGUAACAAACAAAGAAAUUUCACAAAUAAUCAAACGAGCUGUUCCCGAAAUACCCGAAGAAGAUGACGAAAUUAGGUUCGAAAUUUUUUACAGCUGAUUGCAGUGAUGUGUAUACAACCGGAUUUUUAGACAUGGCGACGGUCAUAAUUUCGAUCGACAAUCAAGAUUCGACUAAGAGGUUACCAAGCAGCACGGUAUUUUACCUUGAAUAUCCUACCGGAAUCGAAGCACACGAUCUGAAAUUGAUGUAAUAUAUCAAACAUGAGAUGCAGUGUUUCAUCACCAGAUGAAACACCGAGAAGAGAGUUGAAAAUACGACGCGCAGCGGAGUAUUUUUGACGAACUUCGAGGUGUUUCAUCUGGUGAUGAAACACUGUGUCGAAUGUUUGAUAUUUCUUCUCAAACAAAAUCAUUUUUGAAGGAGAAAUUAAGGAUGCAAAUACUAAGCAGUGCUUCAUCCGAUUUCCAAACACUCAUUAAACAUUAAUUUCCUUUGUAUUUUCUUAAUGAAUUAUUAAUGAGUUUGAGAAGGUAGCUUGACAGUUUCUCUUGUAAUUCAGGAAAAGGGGACCGUGAUCCAUUUGUUCCAAACACCAAACUUUAAGUUCCUAUAGUGUUGGAUUUUUAGUGGUUGUUCUAGAUCGAGCAAAAUUAGUAGGAUCAUGGUAGAACAAAUGGACCGAUGAAUCCACUAUGGACAAGGAUUCAUCGGUUCAUUUGAUCUACCACGAUUCGAGUGAACUCGGAUCACUGAUCCUGAUCCUGAUCAUCUCAAAGGAACGUACCCUCUGUGUUUCAAGGUUCGCUGCGCUUGAACUUCGAAGUUCGCGUGUUUUCACGUUUUAGUUCUCAAGUUUUGUUAUGUUCUUAAUGAAACAUGGCAAGUUUAAAUUCCUAACCAGGAUUUCUAAGGUGAAAGCUUUCAAAGCCAGACGAAACACAGAUAUAGCAGGGUGAAAACGAAUCGGUUCGUUCCCGCCAAAAUUGGAUGCUAUGGUAAAGGUUUGAUUGACGCCGAAGAAAAACCCAAAAUCCUGAAACGUUUCUGACAACGUAGGUCGCGUUUUAUCUGAAACAGGUGUAAAUAAAUGCAUAACAAUGAGCCCAAGAUGUCUCCCGGCCCCGCGACCUUAAGAAGGGAAAGAGGAAUAAGGUCGCUUAGAAAACCAAGGGGAUAUAUGGGGCCAGGAACGUUUUCGAAAUGACGGAAGACUUGUUUGCUCAUUGUCCUGUUUUCUUUUCUUAAAUUUUACUUGACGUCGUUAAGGUAAUUUGAGUGAAGGGAAUUCUCUUCCCGACAACUGGGCUCCAAUGACAGGUCAUGAAAAAGUGACUUUGGUAACAUUAAACACAACCUCCAUCGAGUAUCAAGACGUCUUGCGCAAGUUUCAAGCAACUGUUCCUCACGUGAAAGUUCAGAGAAUUGAAAGAGUACAGAAUCCUGAACUCUACCGCACGUUCAUGGGGAAAAAGCAAGAGAUGGAUAAAAGAUGUGGGGGAAACAGUGAACGAAGGCUGUUCCACGGAACUGAUGGGAAAAGCAUCACCGCAAUCAACAGCCAGGGAUUUAACAGGAACUUCUGUGGAAAAAAUGGUAGGUGCAUCCAAGAGCCGAUUACAGGUAAUCGGCUCCUGGUGCAUUUGAUUACAAUUUCCCUUAGGACGGCUGUAAUACUCAGGAGAAGAGGAAAAGAAAGGUUAUGUAAACAAGGUGUGUUAUGGGAGAUGUGCAAAUGGUGAAUAAAAAAUGUCUUUAAUUGCUCAUUAGAUAAAAAUACAUAUCCAAUGUUACAGGAUAAAAAGAUUAAAAGUGCAGCUAAAUUACAAUAAAAUAAAAAGAUUAAAAUUGCCAAAAACUACUUACACAUGUCUGAUAUAAAAUAUCAUGAAAGAUUGUAUUUAAAAAUUAAUUUAUUUACAAAUGUGUUCUUAUAACGUUCGGUGUUUAUCUUGGGCCUUUGGAAGCUUUUACGUCUAAGAUCGCUUUAUCUUGUUUUUGUAGUAAUGAUCUAGUAUUUAACUGUGUAGAUGUUGUGGUUCAAUUUUAUCCUUGGUUUAAAUUUUAUUUUCUUUUGUUUCUGGGUAUGGUAAUGUGUGAUAAUGAGUUUGAAACAAAAGAAAAUAAAACUUAAACCUAGGAUAAAAUUGAACCACAACAUACUUCAGGCUGACUUAGGGUCUACAGGAAGCACGCUUUGUUAUUGUUAUUUUUAAUGUUAUAGGGACGCGCUAUGGACAUGGUGUGUACUUUGCCAGAGAUGCCUCAUAUUCGCUUAAUUAUACAGGAGGGGCAAGUGGUGGUGGUGCAAUGUACCUUGCCCGGGUUCUGGUGGGAGAGUAUUGUCAAGGACGUCCUGGCAUCCUCCAGCCUGACCCCAAAGACAAGCGCAGGAUCGACAUUCUAUACGAUUCGGUAGUUGACCGUACAUUAAAUCCUACAGUCUUUGUCGUUUUCAACGAUGCUCAAUGUUAUCCUGAGUAUAUCAUAAGGUUUUAG